AUGUUGCCUUCUCUUCCUCACAAGUCUUCAACUUUGCAUUGCUCAUUCAUGUUCUAUUCAGUUCUCCUGCCAUGUUUUAUUACCUUGUUGCUUUCACCAUUAUCUUUCACCCAUGCAGCAAAUGGAAAUGAGACAGAUAGGCUUGCCUUGCUAGCCAUCAGAGCUGGGAUAACCACUGACCCUCUGGGUAUCAUGAGCUCCUGUAACAAUUCUCUUCAUUUCUACAACUGGGUUGGCAUCACUUGUGGUCAAAACCAACGAGUAAUUACUUUGAAUCUAAUCUCCAAUGGCUUGGUGUGUUCACUCUCACCUCACAUAGGAAACAUCUCUUUCCUCACAGGUCUCAACCUUGAAUUGAACUACUUUCAUGACUUAGGCUUCACUCUUCCCAACUUGUUAGUCUUAAAUGUUGGUCACAAUCAAUUUACUGGACCACUUCCUUUAUCAUUAUCCAAUGCUUCAAAUCUUGUUAAACUUGAUACCAAUGGCAGCAAUUUCAUUGGCAAAGUUACAAUUGAUUUUGGAGGCCUACCUAGUCUUUGGUGGCUAGUUCUUGCUUCCAAUUCACUUGGGAUAGGAGAAGCUGAUGACUUGAGCUUCUUUAACUCUUUGAGUAAAUGCCAUAGUUUGUGGAUGGUAGAUUUGAGUGACAAUCGAUUCGGGGGGACACUGCCUCUUUCUAUAGCCAACCUUUCAACCCAACUUGUGUCAUUGAGGUUGGGAAGCAAUCAAUUAACUGGAAAGAUCCCUAGUGAUAUAAAGAACAUUGUUAACUUGACUGAAUUAACAUUAGAGAAAAACAAUCUAACAGGGGACAUUCCUGUCAUGAUUGGUUACCUUAGGAUGCUAAAAAAAUUGGAUUUGUCUGAAAAUGAGUUUUCAAGGCAUAUUCCAUCAUCCCUAGCCAACAUAACUCAAUUGUACUCUCCCCAUCUUGAAAGGAACCACUUAAUGGGUACCAUUCCCCCUAGUCUUGGAAACCUUUUAUACUUACAGGAAUUAGACCUUUCUCAUAACUAUCUUAGUGGUACCAUACCCCAAAGUAUUAUGGGCCUUUCUUCCCAAACAAUUUCCCUGAGCCUAGCUCAAAAUCAGUUGACUGGUUCCCUGCCCACCCAAGUUGGAAACUUGAAAAAUCUUGGGUCCUUGGACCUUUCUAGGAAUAGAUUGUUUGGUGAAAUUCCUAGUAGCCUUGGUAGUUGCAUAAAAUUGGAACACCUUGACAUGGAAGCGUAUGGCAUGGGAAGCAAGGUAUCAUUAGAGGGAGAUAUGUAUAGCUAUGGGAUUCUUUUGUUGGAGAUGUUUACAAGGAAGAGGCCUAUCGAUGACAUGUUUAAAGAUGGAUUAGAUCUCCAUAAUUUGGUUAAGAUGUCAUUGCCUAAGCAAAUUUCAGAAAUUUUAGACCCAUUGUUUGUCUCUGGAGGGGCAAGAGAAGAAGAGGAAACAAUGAAUGAAGACUCUAAUAAAGUGGGGCACAUGGAAAAAGAAGGAAUACAAGAUUCUUUGAUUACAAUAUUUAGAGUUGGAGUUGCUUGUUCAGUGGAAUUACCCAGGGACCAUGAGUUCCAUCAGAUUUCUCACAUUACCAUUGUCAAGGAGGCUUGGCAGAUAUUGGAGACCACUUAUGAGGGAACAAAGAAAGUAAAAGACACGAAACUACAGAUGCUGACCACUCGAUUUGAGGAGCUCAGAAUGAGUGAAGACGAGUCCUUUAACUCUUUCUAUAGUAAGCUGAAUGUAGUGGUCAUCGACAAGUUUAAUUUGGGAGAGAAAACAGAGGAUUCCAAGGUAGUAAGGAAGAUCCUUCGAUCAUUGCCGAAAAGCUUUUGUGCCAAGGUGAUGGCAAUUGAAGAGAGCAAAGAUCUUGAUGAUAUCAGAGUCCAAGAACUUGGUGGCUCGCUUCAGUCUUUUGAAUUGUCAUUGCCUAUGUAA